UCUAAACAUGGCUGGUUCAAUCGCGAAUAAUGUAGCUAUAUACAAGAAAACCUUAACAUAUAUUCCACCAGCAUCACCUUCGGAGCUCAUCGAUUCUACUAACUAUACGUUAAAUUUCAUGAAACGUAAGUUUAUACAUAUUGGGAUCGAUCCAAGUGAUAUGUUCAGAGUAGCGGUACAUAUAAUAACUCCAUCACGAUAUGUUAAUAUUUCAACUGAGUUUUUACAACGGAUAUUUUCACUGAUGGGUAAUAUCCUAUCAUUUAUUUUGGAGCAACCAGGAAAAUAUAAAAGAACUAUAUUUCUUGAGACGGAGAAUUUCAAGUUGUCUAGCAUGAUGUAUAGCGGUGAAAACACCUUAGUAGUAGAGUCAAAAAUACAAGAUGGAUGUCGAAUUCUUUUAAAUCGUGUGGAACUUUUACAACUUCAAUAUCUCGAAUGGUGUAUUUUUGAAACAAUUACACGAAAAUCGACUAUCAUGCAACCAAUCAUCUUACAUCAAUAUGAAAUAUUUACCGAGUAUCUCGGUAGAGAACUUAGCAAAAUGGACUCGGCACCAAAAACGAUUGAAGAAAUGGUUAUAUUCAUCAGAAAUAUACGCGAUGAUCAUAUAAUUACAAACAGUCCUAAACAUGAUAUUAAUUUUAUCAGUCAGCUCAAAAUGCAUGCAUUUACACAAUUAGCUGAACAUUCAAUACAACGGUGGAAUGUGGAAAUAUCACCAGAGUUAUUUAAUGGAAAUAUAUCUUCAUCAACCCAUAAUUUUACAUGA